AACCAAUUUAAAAAUUGUUAAUCAAUCAUCAACACUUGCAAGAAGAAAGAAAAGAGUUUUUAAAUUUUAAGUGAUAAAUCCAUGAGAAAUAUAUGCAUUAACCCAAUAGAAGUAUGUUUAUGAAUUGAUCUGUGGUGUAUAAGCUUAAGCAUUUUGUAAUAAAUCAAAGGUCAUCUCGGCCUUUGCUGUAGAAAGUAGAAACAUAUAUCAACCAUCAUUAUUGAUUUUAUUUAUUUUUUUUCUUCUUAAAGAUUAGUGCAUUAUCACAAAAGUAUUACAAUAGUACGAUGCCAUUUGCCCAUUUUUUUGUAUUUGUAGUGUUCUAUCGUUGUUUGAAAACCUUUUUUUUAUUUAAUAAUUGUGUUUGCAUUAAGAUUUAAUAAUGGGUAUACCCUGGUGGAGUUGGAAAGAAAUGAAUAAAUAUGUACCUCUUAUGCAAAACAACUUUUUUUUCCGGGCAAUAAUUUGAUUUCUAGUAACAUGAUAAUACGAUAAGCAGUGAGCUUCAACUGAAGCUAGAAGUAACGAACUCCAACUAGAAAUUUCAGCUUCAGCUUCAGUUGUUGAACGUUUUCUCUUUGCUCUCUCUCUCUCUGCAAUGGAUCUCUCCACCAUUUCUCUCUCCUCCUCUCUUUCUUCUUCUCUCAAUCAACUUUCUCUCCGUCCAAAAACAGCGUCCCUCUUUGGAAUCUUUCUCCGGAACAACCCACCGCCGCUGUUUUCCCGCCCAAACCAUCGCCCAAUCGCAGCAGCACUUCAACAAUCCCAGAAUGACGAUUUUGUCCUCGAAGACGUGCCGCACCUCACCAAUUUCCUCCCUAAUUUGCCGUCCUAUCCAAACCCAUUGCAUAGCAGCCAAGCUUAUUCAAUUGUAAAGAAUACUUUUGUAAGCCAAGAAGAUGUGGUUGCACAAAAUAUUGUCAUUCGAAAAGAUAACCCUAGAGGGGUUCAUUUUCGGCGUGCAGGACCUCGAGAAAAGGUUUAUUUCAAGCCGGAAGAAGUACGUGCUUGCAUAGUGACUUGUGGAGGAUUAUGCCCAGGAAUCAAUACGGUGAUUAGGGAGAUUGUAUGUGGCUUAAACAACAUGUAUGGCGUUGAGGAUAUACUUGGGAUUGAAGAAGGAUAUAGAGGGUUUUAUUCAAAAAAUACCGUGAGAUUGACUCCUAAAGUGGUUAAUGAUAUCCAUAAACGUGGUGGCACCCUUCUCCGCACAUCUCGAGGAGGACAUGAUACACAGAAGAUAGUUGAUAACAUUGCAGACCGUGGAAUAAAUCAGGUAUACAUUAUAGGAGGUGAUGGAACCCAAAGAGGAGCAGCACGCAUAUAUGAGGAAGUUGAAAAACGUGGUCUUCACGUCGCUGUGGCUGGGAUUCCAAAGACAAUUGAUAAUGAUAUUGCUGUUAUUGACAAAUCUUUUGGAUUUGAUACUGCUGUAGAAGAAGCCCAGAGAGCCAUCAAUGCUGCUCAUGUUGAAGUUGAAAGUGUUGAAAACGGAGUUGGAAUUGUUAAGCUAAUGGGCAGAUAUAGUGGUUUCAUUGCCAUGUUUGCAACUUUGGCUAGCCGAGACGUGGAUUGCUGCUUGAUUCCAGAAUCUCCCUUUUAUUUGGAAGGGAGAGGUGGGCUGUAUGAGUUUCUUGAUCAGAGGUUGAAAGAGAAUGGACAUUUAGUUAUUGUUAUAGCAGAAGGUGCAGGUCAAGAAUAUGUUGCCGCAGAAGUGCCUGCAGUCAAUCAAAAGGAUGCAUCUGGGAACAAGCUACUUCUUGAUGUUGGUCCCUGGUUAUCUGAUAAGAUCAAGGACCAUUUCACAAAGGCUCAAAAGAUGCCAAUUAAUAUGAAAUAUAUAGAUCCAACAUACAUGAUUCGAGCUAUUCCGAGUAAUGCCGCAGACAACAUUUACUGCACUCUACUUGCUCAUAGUGUUGUUCAUGGAGCUAUGGCUGGAUAUACUGGCUUCACCGUUGGCCCUGUGAAUAGUAGACAUGCUUAUAUCCCUAUUUCUCGUGUGACAGAGAAACAAAAGACCGUUGAGCUGACAGGUAGAAUGUGGGCUAGACUUCUUGCAUCUACAAAUCAACCUAGUUUCAUUUCCUCUGAUCUAGAAGGAGUUGUCCAAGGUAUCGAUAGUCUGAAUAUUACCUCGAUUUAGGUUUUCUCAUAUUUAUGUGUAGCAACAGAUCUCUAUUUUAGGUUUCAUUUGUAUGUUAACUCAGUGCUGUGAAUUUUGAUGAGCUUUCAGAUAACAGAUGAUGCAUUAACAUAUAGUGGUAUUGGCUGUAAUUGGACACUACCACCAUAUGGUUUGCCACUAUUCUUUUUAGUGUGAAAUUCCACUACUUAGUAAUAGCUAUAUGUUUGUUGUAUUUGUUGAAACCUCAGCACAGACAUUGAGUAUUUUUCUUUUUUCUUUUAUUUUUUUUUAA